AUGUCGACCACGGCCAGCGCCACGAGCGCGCCCACGGCCACACCUACAGGAGGCAAGGAUGGAGGAGGAAACAGCCCGACCAACUCCCCUCUGCUCUUCUUCGUCGCCCUGGGCUUUGGUGUCGUCUUCACGAAUCUCUGGAUCAUUGUCGGCGUCAAGUACUGCUUUCGAUACAACCAGCGCAGUCGAGCUGCGCGCACUCUCAACGAGAAUGGAGAACCCAUCGACCUCGCCACGAUGCAGCAUCAGCGCCGCCGGCGGAAGGAGAAGAAGCUCAUGUCCAUGGAGGAUGUGAAUGAGCGCUUUCCAUUGACCAAGUACAAGGUCUGGCGGUCGAGACGUGAAGCCGAGGGCCUCCCUGCCGUGGGUGGUGUCACGGCGCCGCCGAGUCGUGCGCCGAGCGUGAGGAAUGUGGAUGGCGAGACUGAUGGUAUUGGAAAUGACUCGACCGUGGACCUGGGAAAACACUCGGCCGAGUCUGCACGGCCACAGACUGUGCUGAGUAUGGCACGCGAGGAUCACGCCAAUGCGAUUGCGGAUGGACGGCCGUCGGAUGUGGCACCUGCUGUGACGGWGGGAGACAAGACAGACAAGGCCGGCACUGUGGAAACACUCGAGGUUGCGGAAACACCGGUUGCUGAAAGGAGGCAAGACUCGCUAACGACUGAUGCUGAUGCUGAUGAGGAUGAGGAUGAUCCCAUCCGGACCGCUGCCCCUCCUGAGAUGCUGGGAGCGCCUGGCGACUCUUGUGCGAUCUGUCUCGACACUCUUGAUGAUGAGGACGAUGUGCGAGGUCUCACCUGCGGCCAUGCUUUCCACGGAUCCUGUGUCGACCCAUGGCUGACGAGUAGAAGGGCAUGCUGCCCACUCUGCAAAGCCGACUACUAUGUCCCAAAACCCAGACCAGCAGGAGAGGAUGUUCAGGAUGGCGCGCGAAGACCUGGCCGCGGCAUGCCCAACCCUCCCCAGACGGCGUGGAUAUCCAGCAGAGGUGUUGUUUUCAGACCACCACGCAUGCUGUUUGCUCACCGAGGAUUCUACGCCAGCGAUUCAUUGACCGAUCGGACAUUCUUCGCCUCGCCAGCCACACAACAAGCACAAGGAACUACCGCCACGCAGCCGACAUCUACGGAGACUGCAUCUCAGCAACCCGCCCGAACAUGGCGAUCCAGGCUACCUACAAUGCCACGCUUCACACGAGGCACAUCUCAGCCGCAGGCUACUACGCCGCACGGUGCUGUCGAGGAAACCACUGUCACAGCGAGCGAGCUCGAAGCCGGCACUCGGAGGUGA